AUGAACGAUGUUUUCAAGGAAACUUUUGAGUACAGGAAAAGUAUUUUACAAAAAGAAUUGAAUAUGAUGCUGGGAAAUGAUAUCGUCUUGAGUGAUAAUGAGGAAAAAGCCAAUAAUAUUAUAAUGGAUCUUAAGAGAAGGGAGAUAGAUUAUGCGUUUGAUAAUCCGCAAUAUUUUAAUUUUUCUAAACAUUUCUUUGAAUAUAAGGAGGAAGUGAAGAGAUCAAAACUAUUUAAAAUGAUUCAGCGAAUGCCUAAAGGUGCUGUGCUUCAUGUACACGACACUGGUAUUCUAAGUCCCGACUAUGUUUUGUCAUUGACUUAUUUGGAUGAUCUUUACGUCUGUUUCUACGAAAAUAACGUCAAAUUCCUGUUCUCAUUAGAGACACCACUAUCGCCGUGUAACACGCAGUGGCAAUUGAUGAAGAGUGCCAGAUUUUCGUCAGGGAAUGUUGAGGAAUUUGACGCUGACUUAAGGAAGCAUUUUACGAUAGUGAUAGAUGAUCCACACUUGAUUCAUAGAGAUAUUAACGCUGUCUGGAGUGACUUUCAGCAGGUUUUCAUAACGACAUCAGGAAUGUUGUGUUACCGGCCUAUCUGGGAACAAUAUUUUUACGAUACACUAAGAGCCUUAAGGGACGAUAACGUUAUGUAUUUAGAAUUCAGAAGUGUAUUACCAUCUUUGUACGAUCUUGAUGGAACUGUGUUCGACGAAAUAGAGACAGUCAGGUCAUAUAAGAAAGUUUUAGACCGCUUUAUGGCUGAUUACCCCGAUUUUUAUGGAGCCAAACUUAUAUAUGCACCACUAAGAAACGUGGAUUUGAAAACGGUUAGGCAUUACUUAAAUGUGGCUAAACGUAUACGAGAAGAAUUUCCUGAAUUUCUAGCCGGGUUCGAUUUAGUGGGUCAAGAAGAUUUGGGAGCGCCAACGAAAGAUUUUAUGGAGAUUUUGUCGGAUUCCAUGGAAGAAAUGGAUUAUUUCUUUCACGCUGGUGAAUCAAAUUGGUACGGGACCAGCUCGGAUGAAAACUUAGCUGACGCUAUAGCUCUUAAUACAAAACGUAUCGGGCAUGCGUUUGCAAUCGCCAAACACCCCUUACUGAUGGAGGAGAUUAAGAAGAAAGAUAUUGCUAUAGAGGUUAACGUUGUAUCGAAUGCUGUUUUAAAACUGGUGUCCGAUGUAAGAAAUCAUCCUUUGGCUAUAUUUUUGGCUAACAAUCUUCCCGUGGUUUUGUCUAGCGAUGAUCCCGGUAUUUGGGAGGCUGAGCCAUUAUCGCAUGAUUUUUAUGUAACCUUCGUGGGUGUGGCUAGCAGGCACGCUGAUUUGAGGCUACUGAAGAAACUGGCAAUCAAUUCAUUAGUUUACAGCACCUACCAUAACAAAGAUAAGAUUGUUCACGAAUUUGAAAAACGCUGGACUAAAUAUAUAGAUUCGGUUAUUAGAGAUGAAAUUCAAUAA